AGCGCAUGCGUAUGUUGUGUGGAAAAAUUUGCCUAUAAAUCGUAGGAUUUGUGAUGAGCAUUUACACUCGCAUCACAAGUCCGAUUUCUCUAGUCUUAACUACGAAAAAUGUUAAUUUAUUUUAUCAAGAUUAGUUAAAAUAUGCUUUUGUAAUACAAUGUUAGUCAUUGAUUAAUUUAAACCAAUUGAUGGAAAUAUAGUAGUUUAUUAUUACGUGAAGUAGUGACCUGUCUUGUGGUUAGUUUAACGUUUUCUGAUAUCGAGAUAAUUAUUAAAAUGAAACUGGAAGUUGACUAUUUGACGCAGGAGCAUCUUAUGGGCUUCGAAAAUUAUAAGUACAGCUCACUGGAUACGAGUCCCUUGAGUAUUUAUGUGAUGCACCCUUUCUGGAACAAAGUAGUAGAGUAUUGUCCAAAAUGGGUGGCUCCGAACUUAUUGACGUUCACUGGAUUCCUAUUCACUGUUGUGAAUUUUCUGAUGUUUGCAAGCUACGACUACUACUAUUAUGCAUCCAGUGACAAUAUCCCAGAAUAUCCAAAUAUACCAAGAUGGGUUUAUGCUAUGGCUGCUUUUAACAUAUUCAUGGCAUAUACGCUUGACGGUAUUGAUGGGAAACAGGCAAGACGCACUCAAACAUCUGGACCAUUAGGAGAAUUGUUUGACCAUGGUCUCGAUAGCUGGACGGCUAUGCUGAUUACUGUUUGCAUGUAUUCGGUAUUUGGUAGAACGGAUCAUAGUGUAGCACCUCUUAGAAUGUAUUUCAUUCUUUGGAACGUGUUUAUCAAUUUCUACCUAAGCCACUGGGAGAAGUACAACACUGGUGUUCUCUUCUUACCCUGGGGAUAUGAUGCCUCUAUGCUGGCUACUAUCAUCGUGUUUGUUCUGACAACAUUUGCUGGUCAUGAAGCUUGGAAAUUUGAACUUCCAGGUGGAAUUUCAGCUGGCAUUAUGUUUGAAAUAUUACUGUACGUCAGCGCACUGGUGUCUAAUUUACCAAUGGUGGUCUGGAACAUAUACAAAUCAUAUAGAGACAAAACAGGGAAAAUGAGAUCGUUCCCUGAAGCUGUAAGACCUCUAGUACCUGCAACUAUAUUUUUUACUAUUGCAACAUUUUGGGUAAUAUACUCACCAAACAAUAUUAUGGAAAAAGAUCCAAGAAUGAUUUACUUUGCCAUCGGAACAAUAUUUUCCAACAUAUGCUGUCGAUUAAUUGUUUCUCAGAUGAGCAACACCAGGUGUGAGAUAUUUCCUUGGAUUCUUAUUCCUGUAGCAGGUGCUGUAGCUUGUUCUUUCAUGGUGCCAUCGAUUGAACUUGAAAUCAUGUAUCUAGUAUCCAUUUUUGCACUUGUUGCCCACAUUCACUACGGAACCUGUGUGGUGAGACAAAUGUGCCGUCACUUCCGUAUAUAUACGUUUCAUAUAAGAGAACACUCCGAAUGACUACUUGCUGACGAUGCAUGUUAAAACAUAGAGAAAGAGAGAAGGUGAAAGCAAGAAAUCCACAACAACGUAAUAAACAACAUCUAUCAACUAGUUUAGCCAAAUACCUGAAACCUCACUUAUAUACUUUUUUAAUCUUUAUUUGCUUUAGUUUUAUACCAUACAACUCUUAUGCCGAAUAUAAUUUAUAUAGAUAAUUUUCACAACAGAGUAGCCUUGCCAAGCUCAUUUCAGUGCAAUAAUUCUCGUUAGGUAUGUUAAACUUUUUUUAAUAUCAGUCUUGUUUUUGUUAUUAUACACAACAAAAUUUCUGAGUGUGUUAACAAAAACAAAAUGAUUUUAUAAUAGAAAAGCUGGCACGCCUUGAAUCCUAUUCAAAGUAAUAUAUUAUUGUACAUUGUAUAUCUACACACUAUGUUUUUUUCUGAUUAGCAUUUAAUUUUUUUUAGCUCUCUUUUAAUGUAUUUUGGUUUUGGCUAACACACAAAUAAUCAAGUGCACAACUCUCAGUUCUUAACAUAUAUCGUCUCUCGGACGCAAUAUUUUCACUAGCCGUUAUUUUAAAUCAAUUUUUCGUAAUUUUUGUUAUAUAUUUCGUUUUGCACGUUAAUAACUGAUUUGGAAUCUGUUGACAUGCAUUCGAAUUAAAUUUUUUUCCAACGCCUCUUCCUUCUCAGUACUGUCUUUAUUGCAUAGAUUGUAUAAAUAUAGCAUACAUUAUUGUAAUCUAUCUUGUACGGAGCCGAAUUUCAAUGUACCAGAAACAUUGAGGCUACAUUAAUUGUAAGAAGUGUUUUACACGUAUAUGCAAAAGGAAAACUCAAAGGAAAGCUCCAGUAAAUAAAAGUUACAUUUCGUACAGUAGAAAAAUUAAAUUUUGAUAUAAAUCUUGCCUAUACUAACGAUAAUCUGUCGUAAACACUAGUGAAAUAUUAGUGAAUAAAGUUUCCUUGUCCAUCUGUUAAUACUGGACUAUUCUCUGAGUAUAUUCUUUUGUAUUUUAAAAGCAACCCAUAUUUUGUAAUUCUAAUACUGGAUACAUAUUGAAUAUCGCAUUUAUGUAUAAAGUGUAACAGACUUGAUGAUAUAAUAAGUAUAAGUUAAGAAAAAUGUACAAAAUAAUUAUGGACUCUUCUGUAACAGCGAUACACAGAUCUAGUGAGUGCGUAUGCGUAUAUAUUGAGGUCAGAUUUGAAUUGUGUUACAUAUAAGUCAGUAUCCGACAUAGUAAUUCCAGUUACAAGCUUUGCAUACACACAUCACCCAUUAGAAGUUAAAAAAUAGCCUUUUACACUUUUUUUUAGCAAUCCCUGUGACGGUCACAAACAGCCAUACUUAUCAUUGAUUAGCCUAUAACUUGGUAAAUGAAUAAUAGAAGUCAUACUAAUUACACAUUCAAAAUAUUUCUCCGUGUAUGAAUUUUAGCUGGUUUCAUUGAUAAAAGAAUGUACAAUCCCUUAAUACUUAAUAACCUCCAUACAUACAGUAUACUGGUAGGUAAUUUAUAGGCACUCAUAUUUUCAAAUAAACAAACUCAAACACAUCAAGUAAA